GACAAUCCAAAAAAUGUUCAAUUUCCUCUCAAACCACAGAUCGAAUCCGGAAAAUAUCUGUUGGUUUAUAGGGAUGCCGGUUUUUGUUGAAUAGGAGUAACUAUCCUGUCAGCUGCCUGGGUUGUUUCGAUUGACAACUCGAUUUUGCAGUGUAUGUCAAUUUGAGCAACCCAGGGAGGUGAGAGAAUGGUUAUUUAUCUUGCUGUGCUCGUUCCAUCUCCGGAAAUUGGUUCAUAGGUAAGUACUAAAGAGCCAUGGAUCCUGACAAACGUCAGUAUGAUGAGUUUGGGAACUAUAUAGAGGUUGUCAGUAUGAUGAGUUUGGGAACUAUAUAGGUUUUGAAAAAGAAUCUGAUGAUAAUGAUAGGGAGGAAGAAAAUGAAGAGGAGCAAUUACCCAUACGUGAUUUUUUGGGUAAGCGACUUAAGGCAUGGAAAACGGUUGAAGAUUUGACACGGUUGAUGUCAGACCCAACAUUGGUGCGCAGUGUUGCUGUACUGGGGCAUGUUGGUCACGGAAAGACCACAUUUAUUGAUAUGCUACUAAAUGGAGCGUCCACCCACCAUAUAUUUAAGCCUAAGGAUCUUAAAGACUAUGGGCAGUGUUCAGUUACUCGAUACUCAAGAAUAUUUGGUUUUAGGUCUAGAGCUAGACCUGCAUCAAUUUAUAUGGUAGACAGCAAUGAGCAGGCUUACCUGUUCAACAUGAUGGACACUUCAGGUCAUAUGGACUUUUUGGAUGAAAUGACAGUUGCAGUCAGACUUUCAGAUGGUGUAGUUGUGAUUGUUGAUGCUGUUGAAGGAGUCAGAGUAAACACGGAAAUGGCACUUAAGAAUGCGAUUCAAGAAGGCAUUCCCAUUGUACUCGUCAUCAACAAGGUUGACAUAUUACUAACUGAGCUUAGAUUGCCUUUGGAGGAGGUUUACGAUAUAUUAGAGCACAUUAUUGAAUCUGUCAACAAUCAAAUUGCAGCUGCAUCAUCCAAUUCUGUGAAUACAACUUUAAUUGAUCCGACUCGAGGAAAUGUCUGUUUUGCAAGUGCAACAUCAAAAUUUUUAUUCACAUUGCAGUCAUUUGCCAAACUGCAUCUAAAGAAAGAAGUUGCAUUUGAUGCCGACGCGUUUGCUUUGCGGAUUUGGGGGGACUUCUACUUUGAUCAUGACACAAGCAGCUUCAAUGAGAAACCACAUGCAGAUGGGGCCAAACGUUCUUUUGUGGAGUUCUUUCUUGAGCCUCUUAAAGAAAUGUGUAGAGGAGACUAUGAGCCUGAUGUUAUUGAGGCUGCCACUGUGUUUACUGACAUGUUGGCUCAUCACAUUCCCUCUGCUAAAGCUGCUGCAGCUAGGAAAGUGGAGCACAUAUACACAGGUCCAAAGGAUUCGACAGUUUAUAAAGCAAUGGAAGAUUGUGAUUCUACUGGCCCUUUUAUGGUUAAUGUAACCAAGCUGUAUCAUCAUUUAGAUGGUGAUUUUUAUGCUUUUGGUAGGGUCUACAGCGGGGAAAUUAUGAGAGGGCAGACAGUACGUGUUCUGGGAGAGGGCUAUUCAUCUGAUGAUAAAGAAGAUAUGUCUGUAGAAAGAGUCUCAAAAUUGUGGGUUUAUCAAGCCUGUUGCCGGAUAUCCAUAAGUAAGGCUCCUCCAGGUGCUUGGGUAAUGAUCAAAGGAGUAGGUGCUUCAAUCAUGAAGACUGCAACUCUGUGUAAUUUGAAGAAUGCGUAUAUAUUCCGGCCUCUUCAGUUCAAUACUCUUCCUGUACUGAAAAGAACAGUUAUGCCCGUGGAUCAUGUGCACUUGCCUGCAGUCACCAAGAGUUUUCCUCUUGCAAUUGCAAAGGUUGGAGGAACUGGUGAAUGCUCUAUAUCAGGCACUGGUGAAUUGUACCUAGAUUGCAUAGUGAAGGAGCUCAUGGAGUAUUGCACCAAUGAGGCGGUGAAACUCAAGGUGGCUGAUCCAGUUGUCACGUUCUCCGAAACUGUAGUGGAGUCUUCUUCAGUGAGAUCCAUUGCUGAAACACCAAAUAAAAGAAACAGAAUCACGAUGAUUGCUGAACCACUUGAUAGAGUAAUUGUUGAGGACAUUGAAAACAAGGUGGUAAGGAUUGACUGGCCUCCAGAGAAACUUGGUAAGUUUUUCGAAACCAAAUAUGGCUGGGAUCUGCUUGCUGCGCAGUCUAUUUGGGCAUUUGGACCUGAUAAGCAGGGACCUAACAUAUUAUUGGAUGAUACACUCUCAGCUGAAGUGGACAGGAGCUUGCUAUAUGCUGUAAAAGACUCUAUUGUUCAGGGGUUUCAAUGGGGAGCUCAGGAAGGACCCCUCGGUCGUGAGCCCAUUAGAAAUGUUAUAUUCAAAUUAGUUGAUGCAAAGAUUGCACCGGAGCCAUUGGAUCGUGAAAUGGGUCAGAUUGUUCAAACCGCACGAGCUGCAGCCUUCUCUGCCUUCCUUGAAGCAACACCCAAGCUCAUGGAACCUGUGUUUUAUGUUGAGGUAUAACGUGUCUAUCUUUUUUUUUUUUACGGAAAAGGACCAAAAAUGCCCCUAUCGUUUGCAAAAUUGAACCAAUUUGCCCCUUGUUAAAAGGUUGGUCAGUCUAUGUCUCUAAAGUUACUUUUUUUGCAAAUUCGUGCCCUUAUAUUUUAACGGACGCUAACAGAAUUUAAUUAGCGCUUAAUAUCUAAUUAAUUAGGCCCUAAAUAAAAAAAAUAGGACCAAAUA